CCAUCACCAGUUUUUUGUUGUUUUACGUGCGCGUUGACAUUUUCACAGCGCCUUUUAAUUUAUUUAUAUUAUUUAAACUAACUUAUUAUGGAGUUGGAUACGUGUUAGCCAUUAGGUACAUUUCAAUUUCCGAUGAAAUCCUCGACAAAUGCGCUGGUGGGACGAAAUAUACACAUGUAUCUUAGCAAUCAAAGCGAACAUUGUGCCUCGUCGAUUUGCAAAAAAAAAUAAAAUAGCCAAUUAGGCAUUAGCCACGGUUAAGUUAAGCUAAAGCGACUAAAAUGAUGCACAUCCGACUGCAUUUAGUGCGCUUUAUGUACAUAAAUCUAUUGCUGAGCUGCUGUUUCUGGUUGUACGACAAUGUGGCAGCUGCCGAUGCACAAACACCUAGUAACAAAGGAGUGGGAACGGGAACUGGAACUCAAACUACGGAUGCAGCUGGUCAAACCCUCAUCAAUCCGGAAAUACCGGCGACGCCACCAAAACCGGAGCCUCCGCCCCCGCCACUCCACGAAGGAGAAGUAGUACCCACUCCAGACAAAGGUGUACCCACUUAUACCUCCCCGGAGUCGGAGUCCCGGCCAAAAUCCGGGGACACGUCAGUGCCCGUGGAGGUGGAACAGCCCGCGUUAUCAUCCGCACAUCGUGCAAAUAGCCAUAGUGAAUAUUUUAGUGAAUUCGAUUUAGCCGCUGAUGAUGCCGCCUCCUCAUCCACCGCCCAAGUGCCAAAUAAUCAAUUAAAUAAUAAUAAUCGUAAUAGUGCCGGGAAAGUGCAUAGUUUUAGUGAAUCGCAGCAAUUAGAGCAACCAAAUGAGCUCGGGGAGGGGCGGGAGGAGGAGCCACAAUCGCCGGAGCUGCCGCAACAACCAAAAAAGCCGGCGGAAGAAAGUUUUCCAGAGAUUAUUACGGAGCUACCGACUGUCACAGUCACAGAGCUGCCUCUGGAUCGAGUGAAAAACCGCCUGGAUUCGGUUAUCCUGGAUGAUUCCCAGGUUGCUGCAGGUAAUCAUAGUGAUGAGGAUCAACAGCAACAUCAGCAUCCGCAUCCCCAUCAGGGUGAACCUCAGCAGUUGUUUGAGGCUGACAAAGAAAUACCUCAAAAAGAUGAGCAGAUGCCGAAAAUAAACGAUCCCGGAGGAGGUAAUGAAUUGGAAGGGGUAGCCCCACAGGAAGCUACGCCGGCUGUCGAAGGGAAUGAAACCAUCGAUGAGCCAGCAGGAGGAUCGCCAGGAUCACCUGCAUCCAAUGACACAGAGGCUGCGGCAAAUCUGACGAAUGCCAAUGAGGAGGUGCCCAUGCCUGUGUUUUCAGAGUGGGCGCAAAAGCAAAUGGAGGCGGAGGCCAGCCGGGAGCAGGCCAUGGAACUGGAGCAGCAGGUGGUGAACAACUCCGCUCAGCGCAGAAACAACACGGGCUCGUCGACGGGAAAGCCACCAACGCUGAAGCUGCGCUCCAAGAACUACGCCUCCCCGGAUUGCGGGGCCAAGAUCAUCGCACACAACUCGGAAUCCAAACACACGGAGGCCGUGCUCACCCAAUCCAGAGAUGAGUACAUGCUGAGUAUUUGCGAAAAUCGGAUUUGGUUCGUCGUGGAGCUGUGUGAGGCCAUUCAGGCACAGAAGGUGGAUGUGGCCAACUUUGAGCUCUUCAGUUCGUCGCCGAAAAACUUUACGGUGGCCGUUUCGAAGCGAUUCCCCACCCGGGAUUGGAGCAAUGUGGGGCGCUUCGCGGCGGAGGACAAGCGAACCAUUCAGACCUUCGAGCUGCAUCCCCAUUUAUUUGGAAAGUUCGUGCGUGUGGAAAUCACCUCACACUAUGCCAAUGAGCACUUUUGCCCACUUUCGCUGUUCCGAGUGUUCGGCACCUCCGAAUACGAGGCUUUCGAAACGGAAAUCCGGCCAAGCGAUGACCUGGAUGACUUCUACGAUGACUAUGGAGCAGGACAAGAGCAAAAGGCAGCCGUGGGCAGUGGUGGCAACAUCUUUCAGAGCGCCUCCGAUGCCGUCAUGCAGAUGGUCAAGAAGGCAGCCGAGGUGCUGGUGAAGCCCACGAAGGCACUGAAAUGGUCAGCGGAAUCGCUGCUCUGCCAAACGCCCGCAUUUGGAGCCUACAGCUGCAGCAAUUGCAACAGCACCCUGGUGGAGAGGAUUAACAGUCUGCUGUCCUGUCAAUUUCAGCAGCUGCAGGUGCUCCUCAGUCUCACCCGAUUGAGGACAGACCUCCUGCAGAGUCGCGUUUGCCAGGAGGAUUUCGGCAUAAGCUUGAUGGGUUCGGAGUUCUCAAGUAAAAUGGGCAAGGAGCAGAGCUACUUCCUGAGCAUGCUGCCAGCGGAACACAUUGGAGCCAUGUGUAAAGUGAUUCAAGCGGAGCAAAACGUAACCGAUCAACAGCAAACGAAGCCGCCAGCGAUGAAGCACCAUGUCAGCUCAACGGAGAAAUCGCAGGACAACGCCACAGCUACUGGAGUUCGUCAGGACUGUGAGGACAGCGAAGGAAGUUCAACAAAGAAGACCCCUGAGAAGGCACCGCCAACACCCAGCCUAGAGGUUGUGGUGCCCGAAUCCAGCCAAGAAGUGCCUUCAAUGGAAGAUAGGUCGUCGUCGAGCUCCAGCGAAACAGUUUCCACUACAAACUCCACGCCAGCCGAUGUCAAUAUAUUCAAUGAGCCUGCGGAAUCCGAGGAAGUGGUGAUCAAAGUGCAGCUUCCUCCGGAGCCAACUAUGUCAACCACUUUGGAGGCCAGCGAUGUGGAGUCCUCGACCAUCGCUCCAAGCCCCAAUGUGGCGCAAUCCUCCUCCAGCGAAGCUUCGGCGAACGGAGAUCUAGCAAUUGAGGAGGGAAAUCCGGCCAAUUGGGAGAGUAUCGACAACCUGCUGACCACCACGGUGGCUUCAAUAACCGCUGGCGGUGGAGCAGCUGCCGCUGCAGCAGCUGUGGUGAACGGCAAUGGCCAUUUGGGAGUGGCAGGUGCCCCCGGAGCAGGAGGAGCAGCCACGGGAUCCGGUGUGAAUCUCCAGCAGAAGCUGACGAAUGGCGCCCAGUCGGAGAGUGUCUUCAUCAGGCUCUCCAAUCGCAUAAAGGCGCUCGAACGGAACAUGUCGCUGUCGGGACAAUACCUGGAGGAGCUCUCGCGGCGCUACAAGAAGCAGGUGGAGGAGCUGCAGCAGACGCUGACCCAACAGACGCUGACGGUGCGCCAGCUGGAGGACCAGAGCCGGCGGUACGUGGAGCAGGAGCAGCUGUACCAGCAGCAGAGCGCCGAGCUGGCCGGCGAGGUGAGGUCGCUGUCCUACCAGGUGCAGGCCUGCAUCCUGGUCAUCAUCAUUGUGGGCACCUGCAUCUUCCUCAUGCUCGUCCUGGGCACCGUCUACUAUCGCAAGUUGCGCCGCCAGCAGCAGCAGCUGCUGCUGAAGAAGGAUCAGCCGGGCAAUCCACCUGUUGCCAGCAAACCCAAGCUGGAUCGCCGCAAGUCCUACGAGCAGAUGCCCAACCAAACCACACCCAAGCAACGGCGUCCCAGCGAGGAGGCCAUGCUCAUUCUGAAGGAGUGCGGUGACAGUAACGUCCCGGAGCUGGACCCUCCGAACAGGCAGCGCAAGAUUUCCGUUUGCUACGGCAGCAACAAUAAUAUAGCCGCCAAUAUGCUAAACUCGGCCACAAAUGGCGGGGGAAAUGGAGUUCGGAGUUCUCUGCACAGGCGCAAGGCAGCCAAGCACUCCUGGCACAACAGUCUGGACACCACGGAAACGCCAUGCGGCGAACAAACGGACAAGUUCUUCGAUGUGGACACUCUCAAAAGUAUAAAGCAGAGUUCCGGGAAGGCGGCCAAGAAGAAAUCGCAGCAGAAACAGCAACAACUGGCUCUCAAACGUCAGGAAUCCGCGCCGGCCAGCUUUACGGAAGAUCAGCUAGCCGAAGAACCGGCCACGCAGAGCGACUUCGACGAGAGCCUUAUACUGGACGACGAUGAUCUGGCCAACUUUAUACCCACCACCGAUUUGGCCUACAACGAGUUCAUGCCCGAGGGACCCUCGGGCUACCAGAUACUGGACACAGUGGAUGGCAAGACCGGCAAGGAGCCGGGGACCAAGAAAUCGCGUCGCCUGUCCUCGCCGGCGUUCUUCAAGUCGCCAUUUGGCAAGAGCAAAAACAAGGGCUACAGCUUCAACGGCAUCAAGAACAGCCACUCGGUGCACGAGCCCACGUCCUGGGAGUGGUACCGCCUGAAGCGCAGCGAGAAGCAACAGCAGGCCAAGCUGGCCAGCAAGAGCAUGCCCAGCGCCAGCCUGGACAGCUCUUCGCUGUCGGAGGUCAAUUUUCCCCUGAACUCGAACAGCGCCACGCAGAAUUCCUUCCGGAUACUGGGCGAGGCCAUUCUGUCCUCUGGGGAGGGACGCAUCACCCCGAAUGGGAAUGGGAAUGGCAGUGGCAAUGCAACGCCUGGCGGUGGUCUGGCCAGUAGCAGCAGCGGCAGUGGCAGUGGUGGCAGCACCACCUCAUCCACCACCAAGAAGAAACAGCGCGCCCUUAACAACCUAUUUCGCAAGGCCUUUGACUUUUAGUUUCAACCCACCCAGUGUUUCGAUUUACCUAGUUAACAUUUUUACACCAGCGCGUAUAUUGUAGUUAUUCUUAUCGAUUCGGAUAGACCCAUAGCCAUUCGAUAAAUUGUUUGUACAAAACGAAUUGUUAUUCUUUGAGGAUUUUAAGAGGCCCGAGACGAGAAGCGAAGAAAAAGUGAGAGUUCCUUUUGUGUUGCAGUGAAAUGCAUAUGACUGUUAAGCGAAAAACAACAAAUUUAAGUAUAGUACUUAUAUAUUUUGUAGUAGUGCUUGUGUGCUUGCUUGCGUAGUUUAAACCAGCCUAGGUUAAUUGUGUACGUAUAUUCCAAGCCUCGUCAUUCUUGCUAUAUUCGCCCCCAAACCCACGAUUAUGUACUUUAAGUGAUGAACGAAACAUUUGCAAGUUAUUGCCACACACAUUUAGUUUGUUAUUCUUAGCAAUUUCUACAUACAAUUAGUUAAUAGUUUAGUCUUUAUUUAUAACUAAAUACAAUUAACAUUUAUUUAAAAA